GCGCACACCUUGUUUUCAUUUGUCAAUCCAUCGCCAUAUGUAUCGUAAAUGCAACCCUAGCCUAAUCUUAUAUAUAUCUGACCCCACAUGAAAUAUUCGAAUUAAAUGUGAAAUUAGGGAGGGAGUGGAUGUAUAUAUAUAUAUUAAGAGGAAAAGAAGGGAGAGUCGAGAUUUGAUUUGUAAAGAUAAAUUGAGAGGAAAGUGUAGUGAUGGGGAGAGCUCCAUGCUGCGACAAAGCCAAGGUAAAGAAAGGGCCAUGGUCACCCGAAGAAGACGCCAAGCUCAAAUCCCACAUCCAAAAUCACGGCACCGGCGGCAACUGGAUCGCCCUCCCCACCAAAAUAGGUCUGAAGAGAUGCGGAAAGAGCUGUCGGCUUAGAUGGCUGAAUUAUCUGAGACCUAACCUCAAGCACGGCAGUUUCACUGAAAACGAAGAUAUCUUAAUCUGCAACCUCUAUGUCACCAUCGGAAGCAGAUGGUCUGUGAUCGCGGCUCAGCUACCUGGAAGAACAGACAACGACAUAAAGAAUUACUGGAACACCAGGCUGAAAAAGAAGCUCUUGGGCAAGCAAAGGAGAUCAUCGCCCGCCGCCAACAUCCCUCCACAACCACUUCCACUGCCACCUUUCCAUCAUGCUCAACAACAUCACAACGUUUAUUCACCAAUCAUUCAUCUUCCAUCGAUAUCAAUGGAAAAUGUGAUUAGCUGGGAACACAUGAAUUAUCAACCUUGGAUGCUAUUUGAUGACCCUAGCUUACUACCUACACUUUCUCCAUCACUAGCUUGCUUCAACGACGAAUUUAGUUAAUCGUUUCUCGUUGUUCCACUCUCACUUUCAUCUGGAAAUCAAAUCUCAUCUUUCAUUAA